UAUGUGCGUUAUCAGAGGCAUUCGUGUUCGUCACAAUGCGCCGUCGUAAAACCGCAUUAACAGCGCUCAGCGAAUUUACUACUAAAUGCGAUGGUUGGAUUUUCGAAAAACUUUACUCAAAAGUUGACAAAUCGAACAAUGAGCCGGAGAACCACUCGCUGGCGGAUGGGCAAAUUAGUAGCGAAACAAGCAAUCAUGCAGCAAGCCAACCGAUUAUUCGGCGAACUGGUCAAAUAGUCGAUUGGCGAGUUCGCCUCUCUGUGCGAUUUGUGAUAUCACCUUUGUGCUAAUGAGGUACAAGUGACUGGAGGGUUGUGUGAUGGUUUAUUUUCACUGGGGAAUCGCAAAAAUAUCCAUUUAUCGCUGAUAGACAUGUUCAAGUGCACAAGUAUAUAAGAAAGCGUAAAACUAUAACAUGAGUAGCGGGGAGCGAAUUGAAAUCUUUGUUUCCUGGUACGUUGACUCUGUUCACUCUAUUCAAGUUAUUUAUUUAAAUAGCAAUAUGUUGUAAUAUGGCAGCAUCGCAGUCCAUUCCAAUCCAUUCCUCAUCAAACAGCUGUUCGCCGAAUAACGUUCAUAGUAAACACAUCGAGUUUAUCUGAACUUGAUUUUAUUUUAUUAAAUGGAUGGAAUACAAGUACAAGAAAUGCAUGAAACUAGUGCAAUUAAUAUAAAUCAAACACCCGACAAAAGUUUUGAGCGGCAUUUUCAUAGUUCCGAAGACGCACUGGUGGGAAGCGCAAAAAGUAAGAAAGGAUAUACCGAGCCAGAAAAUUCUGACCAGAGGUUAGAGAAAGCCGGGAAGAAGAGAGUGUCCGCUGAGAAGACUCAUGUUUAUGGCUAUAUGAAAAAGAAAGUUUUAAGCCAUUUGGAGGAAAAUGGUUGCGCUUCAAAGAAUGUUGACGAUGUGAUAGCAGCAUCAAAAUUUAAUAAAUCUUCUGUGCUAGAAUAUAUGAAUCAGCGCAUGCAAAUGGCGCAAGAAAAUGUCCACGAAGAAUGUGAUUCUUUGAGCUUUUCCAACAUUGAAUCGUGGCUUAAAGUAUUUAAAAAUUGGAAUUUGCCAGGAUUGUGUCUAUAUGAGCCUGCUUUAGUAAUCAAUGCUAUUUCAAAUAAUGAAGACUUUCCUGCACCCGAAGAGUUAGACGGGGUGGACCUAAGAUCUGUUUACAAAUUUCUAGGAUGUGCAUUAAUGGGAUUGCCUCAGCCAAAGUUGGAUGCGAAGAGUGCAGAAUUUUUAGCGAACGAAUUCGAAGUAAUAUAAAUACGCUUUUAUAUAUUUUAGUCGGUGAAGCCAAUACGGAAGUCGGUGAUAGCGAAACAGGUCGCAUAAACCAGAAACUAGAGACUUAUGUGGAACUUCCAUUCUCCGCACAAAACGAAAAAAGUAGCAUAGAUCCUUUAUGCCUCGGCGAUGAUUUGAAUUUUCACCGAAAAUAAACACCUAGUUGUAAGCAAAAAAUAAAUUUUAUAGUAUUUGUGAGUACUUAUGAUUUAAGUUGAAACUAUGUUUUUCCCUUCUAGUAAUAAAAUAUAAUGAAAGUUUAGUUUA